AUGUUUGACCCAUCCAACCCACCACCUCCAAAGCAACACAGCAAAGGGUUUUUUAUCUCAGAAAACGAACUUCCAAGCACCGAAGAGGACGAAGACACGAAACCUCUCGAAAAUUCUUCUUUCUGCAAUAGAGAUGUAGCUGAAAGACGCGGAAGUGAUGUUCUUCUCAAAGUGACCAUCAAAUCAUGCGACAAUUUAAUACCAGCCGAUUGGAAUGGCUUUUCAUACUGUGAAUGUCGUCUGUUCACGUCAUCACCAAUAAUUGAAACGAGUCUUGAAAUUAAUCAUCAAUCCAGUGCAACAACCUCUCUCACACCAUCUUCAGCUGCAAAUUCCGUGGACUCACUCUCUCAGAACGAAAUAGCUCAUUCUAUAGGAGCCACCAUUGCAGCUGCAUCUUUUAGUGCAAAAAAUCAAAAAGCAGCUUCAUUCUUCAAUCGCAAACCAACUAAGAAUUCACUCAUUUCUCAGAAAAGCAUGUCACACAUGACGAUGAAAAGAAGUGACUGUGGAAAUACUCUCAUUACGGACUCUCCAACAAAAGAAGAAUCAAAAAACGAUCAAGUCAUUAGGGACGAUUUAUCACAAGAAUCAAAAACUCCUGUUUUGUGGUCUCAACUCGGAAAACACACCAAAUCUUCAAUCAUUUUUAAAAAUUUAAAUCCUAUAUGGGGAGAGAAUGGAGAAUGUAUGACAUUUCAUAUUGACAGAGAAAUAUUUGAUGCCAUCACUUUGCAACAAUCACAAAGAGAUCGAACAAAAUUUGUUCUUCGUAUUGAUGUCUUUGAUUAUGACAAAUAUACGAAAGAUGACAUUUUAGGUCAUUGCGUUGUUGAUUUAGAGCAUGAACAACUUUUUUCAAUUUAUAACACUAGGAAAAUGAAGUUACUUUCUAAACCAUUAUUAGGAGUGAAACAUGGAGCGAUAAAUUUCGACAUUGCUCUCUAUGAUGAAACCACAAUUUUUGGUGUUGAAUUACAAGAAGUGUUAGAACGGAAAAGAGAACAAGGCAAUAAGAUUCCAAAAUGCAUUGAUACUCUGUACGACUAUUUGUUAGAAAAUUGCUGUGAGACAGAAGGAGUCUUAAGAAUUCCAGGAGCAAGAGCUCAAAUUUUAAAUAUAAAGAGAGCAAUGGAUGCCAUGAUUGAGUUACCGACUGGAAAAUUCUUUGAAACAUUUGUUCAUGAGGAUGUGACUGCAGAGUUUGUUCACACUGCGCUCGGUGUCAUGAAAGAAUAUUUAAGACUUUUACCAACACCAAUUAUUCAAUAUGAACUCUAUGAUGAAUGUUUGGCUUUUAUUGAGUCAAAAUCAGAAAAGACCUUUGAAAAAUUUGAGAAAAUUCUUCGCCAAGUGAACCGAUACCAUGUUCCUCUGUUCAUUCGAACUUUGGAUUUAAUCAAAAAAAUUACUGAUCAUUCUCUCAAUAAUAAGAUGACUCCUCGAAAUGUUGGAAUUGUGAUGGGACCAAAUUUGUUAAAAAAGAAAAAUCAAUCGGCUGAGUUGCAAAUGAGACAUACGAACCACAUUGCUGCAUUUGUAGAGUAUCUCAUUCAAUACUAUGAUCAAUCGAGAAGAGUUUUACAAGAGGUGAGUGAUGAAGGUUUCACACAACGUGAACGUUUACAAAAUGUGAUGGAUUCUCUACAAUUUGUGGAUGUUCAUGAUGAUGUGGAUUCUAUUCAUGAUGAUGAUGACGUAAAUGAACAAGAUCAUCAAAAUGAAGCAUUAACGUCAACAGCAGAAGCACAUCAUGAUCAACAAAAGCACUACACACAAGAGGAUUUAUCGAAUUUGCCAAAGAGUAUGAACAACAAGGAGAAUGCUUGUGUAUGCAUCCAAGUGACCUCAUGUUCUCCCACCAUGAUGGAUGGACAAAACACUGUAGAUGCAUCUGUUGAUCAUGGGAGGUCAUGUGAACAGAACUGA